ACAUCCAUCCCCUCCAUGGCCAAAGCAUCUCACCCAAACGAUAAACACAGGAGCUGGCUACUAGAGAAUACAAUGGCCUCCUCUUCCUCCUUGUUUCUCCUCGCUGCCCUUCUUGCGCUGGCCUCGUGGCAGGCAGUCGCCUAUGAUCCUAGCCCCCUCCAAGACUUCUGUGUCGCCGACAUGAAAUCACCUGUGCUAGUAAAUGGAUUUGCUUGCAAGGACCCAAUGGCUGUCACCUCGGAUGACUUCUUCAAUGAUGCCAGGAUAAUCGGCCAGCCUAGGAAUACUAUGGGUAGCAAGGUUGGGUCCAACGUCACCAACAUCAAUGUGAUGAACUUCCCUGGCCUGAACACCCUCGGCAUCUCACUGGCACGUAUCGACUAUGCGCCCUUGGGAGUGAACCCACCGCACAUACACCCCCGUGCCACUGAGCUCCUCACCGUGCUCGAGGGAACACUCUACCUUGGCUUUGUCACGUCCAACCCCAACAGGCUCUUCUCCAAGGUGGUUAAGAAAGGUGAUGUGUUCGUGUUCCCUAAGGCAAUGAUCCACUUCCAAAUGAACCUAGCGCAUGACAAGCCAGCAGCUGCGUUGUCAUCACUCAGCAGCCAAAAUCCUGGGGUUAUUACCAUUGCUAAUGCAGUGUUUGGAUCAAAGCCACCGAUCUCGGACGAUGUUUUGGCCAAGGCGUUUCAGGUGGAAAAGAAACUCAUAGAUUGGCUCCAAUCACAGUUCUGGGAGAACAACCACUACUGAUUAUAUAUUCUCUAUGGGUUGCACCUACGUGAAAGAUACAUUCACCUAUAUAAUACUAUAAAGAAUAAAUUGCAUGUAAUAUUUAUGCGUGCCUGCGAGCCGUGAGUUUUUGUUUUCCUUCUGAAUCCUGACACGAUAUGUGUUUGUCGGGUUGAUGUCAUAAGCAGUAUGUUUGCUUUUCACUGUCUAAUGAAUAAAAUAAAUGGUGUCAUUUUCCCUCGUUAAUGAAAAAGAAA